AUGUCUAAGAUAUUUACAUUUUCCAAUGUAAACUCCAUAAAGGAUAUCGAUCCCAUUUGCUCGAAAAGGAAUUUCUAGGUUUUUGAGAAGUACAUCUAAAACAAAAUGAAGAAAUCCACCAAUUUGGAUUAAUCUAAAUCAAGCUAUCUAGAUUCGAGAUUGGAUUCAAGCAAAUUACAUAAGGAUUAUCUUCAAAGGAAAAGUCAACCUAGCUUAAAAAGAUUUGAUUUGAGAUCUCAUCGGUUAACUUAAUCUGAGAAAUCUCUGACUUCUAUUCUGAUAAAUAGGCAAAGGGAAGCUAAUAGCAUCAAGGGAUCCAAUAGCAGACCCUCCUCAAUUCAUAAAAAGGUUAGUUUUUAGAAUCUUGUUCUUGUGAUAGACACAGAUGUGGGAAUUAAGAAGAGAGAGAAGUUGAUUGAGAAAGAAUCAAAAUUAAGAAAUGGAUAUUUUUUCAAUUCCAAUCAGAUUAGAUUACAAUGA